AUGUCGAACUACUUUCCGACGGAGCUCCUCUCCGAAAUCCUCGUCAAAUUGCCAGUCAAAACCCUAAUCCGAUUCACCGCCGUUUCGAAAUCAUGGCGGUCGAUUAUCACCAGCGCCGCCUUCAUCGCAUCUCACCUCUCAACCAACAGUAAGAAUCAAACCGUACUCCUCACGCGCUACGGUCUCGACAACAAGCUAGAUCAGUUUUCAUUGCUUGAAGUAUCUGAAAAUGGAGGUUUUGGUAUCAAUUCUUCAAUGGUACUCGAAGCUCCAUUCGGAUUCCAGAUCGAGUAUUCCAGAGUAGUGGGUUAUUGCGAUGGGCUUGUGUGCUUAUCGAAUUGUAUGUUCUUCCGUAACCCUUCGCAACGCGGUAUUAUUAUAUGGAACCCAUCGGCACGAUAUUCGACGGUUUUAGUGGUGGUGUUCCGCCGCAGGUCGAGAUAUUUUCCCGAUACGUGGAGUUGGCGGAGGCUGAUUCGUGGAGUUGAUGUUGCUCUGCGUGCUUAUUCAAAUGUAUACCGUCGAGCUUUCUUGUAUGGGGUUGUGCAUUGGCUAGCCAAAGAGCCUAUCCAUGAUCGUAGUUCGGUUCUGGCGUUCGAUAUUGGUGAUGAGGUGUUCGGUGAAGUAAUGCUGCCGGAUGAGUUGGCAACGGGUGCUUCAGUAGAGUUGGGUGUUUUCGUGAUUGAGGAAUCACUUGGAAUUGUCGGUUCGACUAACGAGUUGUGUGACGUGUGGGUGAUGAAGGAGUACCGUGUGAAGGAAUCUUGGACUAAGUUAUAUAAGAUUGAUUUGGCGGAAGAGAUUAAAAAUUUAGUUGGGUUUUGGAAGAAUGGUGAAGCUUUACUGAUGUUACGUGAUCUUUGGUUAGUUGUCUAUAAUCCGGAGACCAAGGAGACUAAGGAUCUUGGAUUCUACGGGAAUCCGUAUUCGUCGUAUGUCGAUAUUUAUGUGGAAAGCUUGCUUCUUUGGUGA